AUGGGAUCUGCCUCCUCAACUUACCGGCCCAAGUGUAUUUAUUUGGAUAUUGAUGGAAGAAUUCAAAAGGUGAUCUUCAGUAAAUACUGCAACUCCAGGGAUAUUAUGGACCUCUUCUGCAUUGCAACAGGGUUACCAAGGAACACAACCAUCUCCCUCUUGACGGCAGAUAAUUGUAUGGUGUCCAUUGAUCCGACGAUGCCUGCAAACUCAGAGAGGUCUCCGUACAAAGUGAUACCAGUUGCCACUGGGCAGCUUUCAGAGAAAGAAGAAUUGUUCCAGAAUUUACUGGGACAGAUUGCCGAGCAGUUCUCAAGGGUUUUUAAAAUCAAUGAACUGAAAACGGAAGUAGCUAAUCACUUGGCAAUGCUGGAGAAAAAGGUGGAACUGGAAGGCCUGAAAGUUGUGGAGAUAGAGAAAUGCAAGAGCGACAUUAAAAAGAUGAGGGAGGAAAUGGCAGCGAGAAGCAGCAGGACUACUUGUCCCUGCAAGUAUAGCUUUUUGGAUGAAAACAAGAGGCCAACUCCCCGGCGGGAUGUGCCAUCCUAUCCAAAGUACAUGCUAUCCCAGGAGACCAUAGAAGCACUUCGGAAACCAACAUUUGAUGUCUGGUUGUGGGAGCCCAAUGAGAUGCUGAGUUGCUUGGAGCAUAUGUACCAUGAUCUUGGGCUGGUCAAAGACUUCAACAUCAAUCCUAUCACACUGAAGAGGUGGCUGCUGUGCAUUCAUGACAACUACAGAAACAACCCCUUCCACAAUUUCCGGCACUGCUUUUGUGUGACCCAGAUGAUGUACAGCAUGAUCUCACUCUGCAGUCUUCAGGAGAAAUUUUCCCAAAUUGACAUCUUGAUUCUCAUGACUGCAGCAGUGUGCCACGACUUGGACCAUCCAGGCUAUAACAACACCUAUCAGAUAAAUGCACGAACAGAGCUGGCGGUACGCUACAAUGACAUCUCCCCACUGGAGAACCAUCACUGUGCUGUGGCUUUUCAGAUCAUUUCCCAGCCAGAAUACAACAUUUUCUCUAAUGUCGACCAGGACCAAUUCAAACAGAUAAGACAGGGGAUAAUUACAUUAAUUCUGGCUACAGACAUGGCGAGACAUGCGGAAAUACUGGACUCUUUCAAGGAAAAAAUGGAAAAUUUUGAUUACUCAAAUGAAGAACACAUGACCUGUCUGAAGAUGAUACUGAUAAAAUGCUGUGAUAUUUCCAAUGAAGUCCGCCCAAUGGAAGUCGCUGAGCCCUGGGUAGACUGUCUGCUAGAGGAGUAUUUUAUGCAGAGUGACCGGGAAAAAUCAGAGGGUCUUCCAGUGGCGCCUUUCAUGGACCGUGAUAAAGUGACCAAGCCAACCGCACAGAUCGGCUUCCUGAAGUUUGUCCUCAUCCCCAUGUUUGAGACAGUAACAAAGCUCUUCCCUGAAGUGGAGGAGAUGAUGCUUCAGCCCCUUUGGGAGUCCAGAGACCGCUAUGAAGAAUUAAAACAGAUAGAUGAUGCUAUGAAAGAGCUGCAGAUGAAGAAAAGUGACAGCCUGACCACCGGCACCACCGAAAAGUGAAAAGAAAAAGACUUUGAGCAAAACGUAGCCCCUAAGGUUAUUUACUUUUUGAGAAACACUGCAUUUGCCAAACAGAUGUGGCAGAAUCCAGCAGGAAUUACGCUUGGGGUGAGGUGGCCAAGAUGGACACCAAGAUGGAUGCCCUUCCCUGGUGGUGCCACGCAGGCCAUGGCACAGCUCCCUCCCCACCGGGUUUGCCUCUUUGGCCAGCACUGGGAACUGCUGUCUCCAGGGACAAAGUGGAGCUGAGCUAAGGAGCCAUUUCUGUAAAACGAACCACUGGAGUCCAAAACAAAUGAAAACUUGUUUUAGUCAAGAUCCUGCACAUACCUGUACAGAAGUAUGCUAUUACAGCACAGCUUAACAGAUGCUUAUAUCAUGACAGGAACCUGGCAGAUAUUUCUGUUUGCCAGGUAGGCCCUAAUGACACAUUUCUCUGUCUUAUCCUCUGAAUUUUAUAGAGUUCACAGUACAUUCAGAAGCCCAGCGUAGUGGAUGCAGUUUUCUUUUCUACACUAGAAGAAGUCAGAAAAAGCCUUCAUGGACUUACAGGUUCAUUUUGUGCCCAGCAGUGUCAGGGUUCUUUGGCACAAGCAAAGGGGAGCACCACGCAGCACCACUGUGCAAGUUUUUAUCCUCAUGAAUUGAAUGCAAAAAACAGUGUCAAGAAGAACCUUCAAAGAUGUACAGAUUUUUAUUUUGGUUUGGUUUGGUUUUUUUGUUUUGUUUUUGUUUGUUUGGGUUUUUUGUUUGUUUUUGUUUUUGUUUUUUUUACUUUUAAACUGAUCUGCUAAAUAAUAUAUUCUUCUACAGAAA